UUUUUUUUUUUUUUCUUUUUUAAUAAUUCGAGUUCUAUAGAUCUGGACUCAACUAACUUUCGUUCAUUAGUAUUAUUUAAAGAGCAAACAAGUUAGAAUGAAUCUAAUUGUUUUACUUGCUCUAUUUUUGUUAUUUUUUGGUUUUAUUGUAUUUGUAUUAUUAUUUGGUCAAUCUCCUUCCUUAAGACAUGGUAUUAUUGGAAAGUUGAAUUAUCUAUUAAUCGAAGAGCUACCAAAAGGAAUCAAUUGGUUUCUCUUGUGUAUUAUUGGUCAAAGUAAUAUGAAUAGAUUAAAUAAAGGUUGGGCUUAUUGCUGUGAAAGUCGAAAUCCAUUUUUACAAGUCUUUUUUGUUAGUUUAUCCUCUUCAUCCAUUGUAAGCUUCCUAUAUAAUGCAAUCCCUCAUAUGCCCGGACCCUAUUUACAUUCGAUUCAUAUGUAUAUCAUUAUUCCAAUUCAAAUUAUAUCUCUUUAUGCAUCUUAUUAUGUCGCUUGUACUUCAAAUCCAGGAAUUAUUACAAAAGAGAAUAUUGAAGGGCAUUUAAAAUAUUAUAAAUAUGAUGGGCUUAUAUAUAAGCCAAAGACAUGUGUUACAUGUAAACUGCAAAAGCCUGCUCGUUCAAAGCACUGCUCUAUGUGUAAAGCAUGUAUCGGUAGAUUGGAUCAUCAUUGUGCUUGGAUCAAUCAAUGCGUAGGAGAAAAUAAUCAACGCUAUUUCUUUCUAUUCUUAUUUAUAUUAACUGAAUUCUGUGCUUAUGGUGCUUACUUGUGUUUCCAAGUGUAUCGAGGCAUGAUUAUUGAAUGGGGAUUGAAUACAGCCUAUGUUCAAGACAGAGUGACAGGUCAACAACGCUUAAUUACAUUCCGUAAAGCAUUUUUAUAUGUAUUACAUCGUGAUAGAAUAAUAGGCUCAAUUGGUAUUUUAGCCUUAGUAGUAUCAGUUGUUGUUCUAAUUUUCUUUUUAUAUCAACUUUAUUUAGCAGGCAUAGGUAUUACAACGAAUGAAGCUUUUAAAUGGGAAAUGGUAGAAGACUCUAUUGACAGAGGUGAGCUUUAUAGAAAAUCGGUCAUUAAAGUUAACAAUGUAAAAAGCCAAACAACGGCUAAUUACAGUCUGAGGUACAAUAAACAACGAUCAAAUCAAGAAGAAGAAGAAGAAGCAAUUAUUGAAGAAAAGAGAAUUGAAAGUUUAGAUGAAGUUGAUAAUAUUUAUGACAAAGGCUUCUUUGGUAAUCUAAAAGAAGUCUUUUUCCCUCCAGGAUUUUUGAUUGGUUAAUAAGAAUGACUUCAUUCUUUCUAAAUAAACAUUCCUUUUAAAAUUAA